AUGAGCGAGCGGCGCAUUGGGAUGCAGACGGUACCGUUGCCGCUGCACCGCGUCCGCUUUGUGGACUGGAGUCCAUCUUCCAUUACCGCAUUAGCUUUCUCGCCGGAUCCGCCUUCGCAGGGCGCGUCGCUGUCGACCUCGGCGCGCUCGGUUCUCGCCGUGGGGCGCGACAAUGGCAACAUUGACCUCUGCACAUGGCACGAGGACACAAGCUUGGAAGGUGCAGCGCCGGCUGCGAAAGGUUGGAUGAUAGAGACGACGCUGCUUGGCGAUGUGCAUUACAAGAUCGAUGCGCUUGCAUUCACGCGCAGCGAAACGCAACGCGGACCACGGCUUCGCCUCUUUAGCAUUUCCGGCGGCAGCGUCGUGACGGAGCACUAUUUACCGGAAGUACUUGCGCGUACCGGCGAGCAGUCUGGUAUUGUAUCCCACGUGCAUGAGAUCCCUCAUGGCGAGGCUGUGCGCACCCUGUCUUCGCAGGGUGGUGCGAUUUGGAGCUUGGCCGCGAGUCCGCUCGGCAAGUAUCUCGCAAUUGGGUGCGAGGACGGGGUGGUACGACUGCUUAAUAUCGAAGACGAUGCGUUUGAGCAUCUUGCCAGCGUGCGCCCACGUGAAGGUGAUGCAAUGCCGCGCAUGACUCGCGUCGCAAGCCGCAUUGUGAGCCUCGCUUGGGGUCCGCCGCGCAAAGUAGAGCGUCGAGCGGCCAAGCCUCAAGAGGACGACUCGUCGUCUGAGGAGGAAGAGGAGGAUGCAUGGCGCGAGGGCUUUCUUCUCGGCGGCCUCGGCAACUCGACUGCGGCUGUGUGGGAUGUGUUGACUGGCCAAUUGCGCUCGCGGCUCACCGUGCUCAAGAACCGCAACGAGCACACUAUUAUAUGGUCUGUCGCAGUGCUUGCAGACGAGACGCUUAUUACGGGCGACUCGACUGGCCGCGUCACCUUUUUCGAUGCGCGCUCGCGUGUUCCGAUCCCCGGCGCCACGUUCCAAGCCCACACGGCGGGCUCCGAUAUUCUUUGCUUGUGUGUCAAUAGCGACGCAAGCGCUGUGUACAGCGCCGGCGUCGACCAGAAAGUGGCCGAGUACACUAGCAUCGGCGCGCAAAAGUGGGCCAUGACCGGUGUACGUCGCUUGCACGCCCACGACAUCCGCGCGCUUGCCAUGGACCCGCCGUACAAUAUCUGGCGCGCACACCAAGCAGUGCCGCCUCCUGCGCGUCUUCCGGUGCUUGUGAGCGCUGGAAUUGAUUUCCACAUUGUGCUCACGCCCGCAUCGCCGCCGCAGCCAUACAAAAUCGGCCGCGGCGCUGGAAAGCAAACGAGGGCAGCCCACAAUCCCAUUUCGUCUAGCGCUUCCACAAGCUUUGCGGAUACCACACAACGCCGCAUCCCGUAUGUUCCCCAAAGCAUGCGCACGGCGCACAGCGUCGCCGCCAUAUGCCCGCAGCGGUGCUGGAUCGCUCUGCGUCGCGACCAGAGCGUGGCAAUUUGGGCUCUCGAAGGCAGUGCGGAUCUUAAGGGAGCGUGGCGCAAAGUGUGCGAGCUGUCCUUCCGGAUGCGCUCGAAUCUCGGCGCGAUGGCCGCAUCUCAUGACGGCAAAUUCCUCGCAGUGUCCGACAUGUACGAGACAAAACUGUUUGCGCUGGACGGCGAUGCAUCGAACGUGUCUCCACGCCGCAUUUCUUCGCUGGGACCGGCGAUCCACGGCAAAGCGGCGCCUGCGCCUGGCGCUAGCGUACUCACCUUUACCCCCGAUAGUACACGGCUUGUGUUAUGCACGCUGCGUGGUGCUUUCGUCUAUAUUGUGCAGCUUUCUCACGGCGCGAGCGAAGCACAGCUGCUCAAGACCUUUUCGCAGCACCGACAGCGGUACGCCGCCGAAGAAGGGCGCGAUGGGCGCGCACUUGCCGGAGAUGCACGUGUGCGCAGCGCAAAACAACAUACCCCUUUGGCGGUCGAGUCGAGCGGCACGCGCGAUGUGUACGCCGCAAUUGUUCUUGGCGUCGUUUCGCCUGAUGGCCAGUACCUCUUGACGGUGGACAGCGGACGAAGAAUGCAUGUAUUCAACCUUGAUACGCUUGCGCACCAGUGCAUGCUUGCAUCCCCAGCCGGCUUGCCGACGGCGGCCGCUUUCCAUCCGGAGCGUCCCAAUGUGCUCGUUGUUACGCUGCCGACGAAUCAUGUUGCAUUUUACGAUCUCGAAGUGGGCACGUCGCUUGACGCUGCUGAUUGGGAGCUUACGUUGCGCGCAAAAAUUGAUGCACAGCUGAGCAAGAUUCGCGAGCCUGUGGUCGGCUGUGUUUGGCUGCAGGGCGAGCAUGGGAAUACGCUGCUGCUCUAUGGGCCUACGUGGAUUUGCACGGCACGGCGCACGGAUAUUCUGCAGGCCAGCAAAAAGCGGCGGAACAGCGAAGCGACACAGGAUGGUGACUGGAGCAUUCGGACUACGUUCAAAUACCAGCCGCUCUUGUACGUGGGUGCAUUGCAUGCGCCUGGGGCGCAGCCAGAAUUGGUCGUGGUAGAGCGGCCCUACUUCUCGCUCGUCCCGACGCUUCCUCCUGCAUUCUACCGCGGCGCCUCGUAUGGGUUUUAG